ACGGCAUUUAAUAGAAACGGGUUCGGUCCUGAUUUGGAUUAGACAGCUUAUGUGAUUAGAGUGUAGGCAGGGAAGCUAACGAUUAGCUGCUAGCUGUUUGCGUUCAGGGUGUUUUGUCGCUCGCCUGGACGCUGUCAUUUCGGACAUUGUGCUGGAGUUUAUAGACGUGUUUUAACUGCACUUUGCUUUCACACACCCACAGUGAGUGAAUAAUAUCCCCCGUUUAAGCACUAAUCCUCCGAGCUAAUACUGUGCGUGUGACCAUAGUAGCUAGUUGCUAAUUACUCGGCUAGAGGCAGGAAGUAAUCUGAGCUGACUGGCUAUUUAGUGGGCAUUGUGUUUACUCUGUCACUGUGAAGAGAUUGACCAGACAGAAAGCUGUAUGGUUUUCCUUGACCAAAUAUAGCACUGGGUGUCGCUCCUGCACGCCAUUAAAGCCCGAUAGGGAGAUUCUCUCUCUCUCUCUCUCUCUCUCUCUCUCUGUGUCCGUCAGUGUAAUGUAAGAGAAGGUUUACACAGCGACUCCGAUCACUGCAGCUGCUGGCCGAUAAAGUUCUGCAGGGAUCAGAUAAAGCUGAGCCAGGCCGAAUGACCGGCAGGUGAGGGCUGGGAAGAAGGAUGACAAUGGCACAUGUUGGGGCAGUGGUUGCUGCGAUCACUGCUGUGAUGGCCAUUCUGCUUCACUCCUCCAUACACAAGAUUGAAGAAGGCCAUUUAGCAGUUUAUUACAGGGGUGGGGCUUUGCUUACCACUCCUAAUGGCCCUGGCUAUCACAUCAUGCUGCCUUUCAUCACCACCUACAGAUCAGUGCAGACCACGCUGCAAACGGAUGAAAUAAAAAAUGUGCCUUGUGGAACAAGUGGUGGGGUUAUGAUCUAUUUUGAUAGAAUUGAGGUGGUCAACAUGUUGGUGCCAUCAGCAGUGGUGGACAUUGUGAGGAAUUAUACUGCAGAUUAUGACAAGACACUAAUCUUCAACAAAAUCCACCAUGAGCUGAAUCAGUUCUGCAGUGUUCACACACUACAAGAAGUCUACAUCGAGCUGUUUGAUAUAAUUGAUGAAAACCUUAAGACUGCUUUGCAGAAGGAUCUGAAUUCCAUGGCCCCAGGGCUCACUAUCCAGGCAGUUCGUGUCACCAAGCCUAAAAUCCCUGAGGCAAUCCGGAGAAACUUUGAACUGAUGGAAGCUGAAAAGACCAGAUUACUGAUCACAGCUCAGACCCAGAGAGUUGUGGAGAAGGAAGCAGAGACUGAGCGGAAGAAGGCCAUCAUUGAGGCUCAAAAAGUGGCUCAAGUGGCUGAGAUCCAGUACAAACAGAAAGUCAUGGAAAAGGAGACUGAGAAGAAGAUAUCUGAAAUAGAAGAUGCUGCUUUUGUGGCCAGAGAGAAAGCUAAAGCAGAUGCUGAGUACUACACAGCAGCAAAGUUUGCUGAAGCCAACAGGUUGAAGCUGACACCAGAGUAUCUGGAGCUCAUGAAAUAUCAGGCCAUCGCUGCCAACAGCAAGAUCUACUUUGGUCAGGACAUUCCCAACAUGUUUGUCGACAACAGUGCCUCUCCCUCAACCAAAGGGGCUGACUCAUCAGAGCAGCUGGAGUCUUUAACCCAGCCUGAGAAAUCCAGGAAAGUAACUGGGUUAAAAGCAAACGCAGAGCGCCACUGAGAGGCCCACGGCUUCUCCUUUGUCGCUGUCUGAGGCUGGGAGUGCUUGCGUGGCGUGAUGGCCUAGAUAGGUUUCUGCUGAGGGCUCUAAACUAACUACAGUUGGUCAUCUGUCUUGAGGGCACUGAUCAACAAAGAGGCUGUGUUUUACUAUCACAGGCCUGUGGCAGGGCUCAAAUGGUUUAACAAAAGACUGAGCUCUAGAAAGUGUGCUAAUGAAUCAGUGAUGCUGCUGUGAUCACAUGGCAUGUGUCCCACCUUUACUUCCUUUUUGCCCUUUGUGUGUUGUGGAUUGAUGUGUGGAAAAAUUUGCAUUUUGUCUGAAUAACUGGAAUUAUAAGGCUUCAUGCUAAUUGAGACGGGGAAAAUGGACUAUGCAGCUACAAGAGGUUUUUUUUUUUUUUUUUGGCCGCCAAAAGUUAGCUUGUCUUUCAUAACACUGAAGUCUUAAGUCCCACCUCGUCUACAAAAGCAGUCUUGGAACACCUUCAGUGUGACUGUAGGCCCAUAUUAAACACAUGGUGUUAAUCAGUGAAUUGAUAUUGCGUUGAACUGAUGUGUACAGUUUUUACAUUUGGUUUAGUUGGUUCUGUGUAUGAAAGUUUUUGCAUUGUUUUCACCUGUACUCUUUUGGGAAUUUACAGGUUGGCGUAAACAUUGUCUGUAGCAGUGGUUGGCUUUGUUCCUAUGAUUGUUGAAUUGCGUGAAACGUUAGAAGCUUGCAUUCAGUUCAUUUUCACAGCAUGGGCUCAGGAACCCAACAUGUCAAUUGAACAUGAUUUCAUUUAGUCUUUCUUUGCUUUCACAACAUGACCCCCAGUAGGAAACUACAAAGGGAAUUUAAAUAAGGGCUUUUUGCAUCUGGAAAAAAAACUAAGGAAACUAAUGAAGGGCUAUGAAAUAAAUCUUUCAGUAAAAUUUGUUUGUACCAGUCAGUAGACUUAUUAGAGCUGUUAAUGAGGUAAAGAACACCUUCAAUUCACAUUUGCUAUUACGUUCUUCACCACUAGGGGGAGCGUGGGUUCAUUUAGUAUAGACUGGAGGGGAAAUUGCAGGAGUCUGAAGUACAAAACUUUCAGCUUUUAGAUUUAGAUUCUGUCUGUCUUGGCUUCCCGUGUGAGUAAAUCGUAUGCAUUUUUAAUGAAACGUAAGCACUUGGUGGCUACAGCUAUAUAUAGGUGCUAAUUCUCAGGAAAGAGAUGCAUGAUGAGUUUACCAAAAGUAUCUUCAAGUCUUUUACAUUUGAGGGUUUCGGGACUUUCUGUCUGAAUUAGUCUAACUUGGCUCUGCUUUUAGGACCUUUCUCCCUCUCUUCAUUUGAAAGGAGCCUUUCUUAAAUGAUUCAUCAGGCCUGUAAUGGCCUUCAGAUGUGUAAUGCCCUUUUUGUUCAUUUCUUCUGCAUUCAGCCUGUUUUUUUUUCCUCUGUUGGUGUGGGUUGGAUCAAAGAGCUGAGGAUUCGUCCAGUCUCUGUCAUUAAAUCCACCAUAAGUGUUUGCCGUUCAUGUGGGCUUCCUUCUCUGCUGUAUCUAACCCCCCCCCCCCCCCCCCCCCCCCCCCCCGUGAUUUUAAAGUACAUGUACCUAAAGGUUGGGGUAGGGUUCAUGAAAUGUGUAACUAACAAUUUUAAGGGAAAAAUGCAUUAAUUGAUGUAAUUAAAUGUGUAAUGAACAUGAAAUCAGUAUGCUUUGGAAUCUAAUUGCUAGUGGUGGAACUGAUUCCCUGUACUGGUUCUUUAGAAUGGAUGAAAUGAAACUAGUCUGUGAAUGUGACUUUUUAUACGUAUGCAUAAGUUGAAUUCUUGAUUUCCCAACAUUUAUAUGCAAAAUUUGUAACAUUUUGACAGCUCAAUUCUCUAAAAUAAAACUUAUUUUGAUACCACCAA